AGAACAAACCUAACUAUGGCCGCUUUGUGUUCCUCUUCUACCCUAUUCUCUUUUUCCUAACACAAAUUCAAUUCACGCUUACCAUUUUCCUUUUGCACUCUCCAUGGGCGAACUUUACAAAAUCAGCUCCAUCGAUUGGCGACCAUCGCCGGUCGUAGCCUUAGCCACUAGCGUCGACGGCUUGCGAGUCGCCGCAGCUCGCCAAGACGGCUCGCUCGAAGUCUGGCUCGUAUCUCCCGGUUCCAUCGGCUGGCACUCUCAGCUGACUAUACACGGAGACCCUAACAGAAGAGUGUCAUCGCUUGUUUGGUGUUCCGGCGGUUCUGACGGAGGUCGAUUAUUUUCGUCUAACAUAGACGGUUCCGUUACUAAAUGGGAUCUUUUCCACUUGAAUCAAACGACAGUGCUAGAAUCGGAUGGAGUCUCGAUAUGGCAAAUGGCUGUUACACUGCCUAUGAAUGACAAAAUAAACGCUGAAACUAAGGGUGGUAUGGGGAAUGGACAUGUGAAUAAAUUCCAUGAUUUUGAUGAACGUGAGAGUAGUGAAAGUGAUGAAGAUUCUGAUUUGCCUGGCCCUCUUGAACAUUCCAUCAGUGAGCAUCCACGUGUAGCAAUUGGUUUUGACGAUGGGUGUGUGAGAAUUUAUUCCAUCUCUGACACGGAUGAAUUUAUCUACGUAAAAUCCUUGCCCCGAGUGAAAGGACGAGUUUUAAGUGUAACUUGGAGUACAGACGCUAACUUCAUAUAUUCAGGAAGUAGUGAUGGGUUGAUACGAUGCUGGGAUGUUACAUCAGGUAAUGAAAUCUAUAGGAUUACGGCUGGACUUGGAGGUUUGUGCAGUGGACAUGAACUUUGUAUAUGGUCAUUGAUGUCAUUAAGGUCUGGAACACUUGUUAGUGCAGACAGCAGUGGUAGUGUCCAGUUUUGGGACAGCCAACAUGGAACUCUCUUGCAAGCACAUUCUUUACACAAGGGAGACGUAAAUGCUCUUGCAGCAGCCCCUAGUCAUGAUAGGGUGUUCUCUGCUGGUUCUGAUGGUCAGGUUAUUCUUUACAAGCUGUCUAGUAGUCAGUCAGUGUCUUCUGAUGGUAUCCAUUAUCCAUCAAUGAUGAAGAGGUGGAUCUAUGUUCAUUAUGUAAGGGCUCAUACUCAUGAUGUCAGGGCCUUGACUGUUGCUCUACCAAUAAGUCAAGAAGAUAUUUUGCCAGAUGAGAGGAGUAAAAGAGCUCGAUGUGAAAAGAAGCCCAUUGAUUUUAGUUACCAUAAGUGGGCCCAUUUGGGGGUUCCCAUGCUUAUCUCGGCAGGAGAUGACACAAAACUCUUUGCAUACCCUGUGAAGGAAUUUACCAAAUUUUCUCCUCAUGAUAUCUGUCCUGCGCCUCAAAGAACACCCAUUCAACUAGUGCUUGAUACUGCCUUUAAUCAAUCUUCAAUACUUUUAGUUCAGUCUUUGCAUUGGAUAGAUGUUCAUUUGCUACAACUCAGAAAUGUUCGCACACCUGGUGGCUUUGCAAAGACUGAAAUACUUGCCCGAGUUAAGAGCAAGGCAUCUAGGAAGAUAAUUUGCAGCACCAUUGCUAAUUCAGGGGUGCUUUUUGCGUACUCUGAUCAUGUAAAGCCUAAUCUUUUUGAAUUGCAAAGGUGUGAAGUUGGAAAAAUGACAUGGAGUGUUAGUAGAAGGAAGCUUCCACAGAGAUUACCAUUUGCGCAUUCUAUGAUUUUUACCCAUGACUCCUCUUGGUUAAUAGUAGCUGGGCAUGAUAGAAGGAUAUAUGUUAUCGAUGUUGGUAGCUCAGAAUUAGUACAUACUUUUACACCUUGUCGGGAAUUGCAAGAUGAAGAAUUGCCUCCUACUGAGCCGCCCAUAACAAGAUUGUUUACUAGUUCUGAUCGGCAGUGGUUGGCAGCUGUGAACUGCUUUGGGGAUAUAUAUGUAUUUAACUUGGAGAUACUAAGGCAGCACUGGUUCAUUUCAAGAUUAGAUGGUGCCUCUGUUACAGCUGGUGGAUUUCCACCCCAGAACAACAAUGUACUGAUAGUUACAACUUCCUCAAAUCAAGUGUAUGCAUUUGAUGUAGAGGCCAAGCAAUUAGGAGAAUGGUCAAUGCGGCACACAUUUGUUCUUCCUAGAAGAUACCAGGAAUUUCCUGGUGAAGUUAUUGGGCUUUCCUUCCCUCCCUCGGCGACUUCGUCUUCUGUUGUUGUUUACAGCUCCAGGGCGAUGUGCUUGAUUGACUUUGGGUUGCCUGUGGAGCAAGAUGAUAGUGAUAUGUUAAAUACUCAGGAUUCAAUGGUCAGGAAUUUACAAAAUUUUAAUGUUAAGAAGAGGACUAAACAUAGGAAGAACUUUGAAGUUUUACCUUUAGAAAAUCCUGUUUUAUUUUUAGCCCAUAUUUCAAAAAAUUCCUUCUUUAUGAUAGACAAACCCUGGUUGCAAGUGGUCAAGAGUUUAGAAGCCGCACCAGUUCACAGACAUAUAUUUGGGACAUAAGCAUUAAGCAGCUUGAGAGAAUUGUUCUCAGCUCAAGGGGGAUGCAUGAUGGGGAUAAAUGUCCCUUCUUGUUUUUCAUUUUGUCUCUCCAUGGCUGAGAUCUAGAAUCUUGUAUUGUGUUAUCAUAAUCAAUUUUGUUCCAUUAGUAAUAGCUUUACUUCAUUUUUUAUUUUUUAUUUACACAAAAUCUGUACUUUUGUCCAGUCCAUCUCCAGUUUGUAUUUGUUGCUUGAUGUAGUAGAAUCUUGAUACUUUUAACAUAAGAUGAUUAAGAUAUAAUUAAAAUUUCAUCUAAUAGAAAUAUAAUUGUGUUGU